UCAAGUGAGUAUCUGUGUUCAGCACGGAACUGUUAAAAUACGUACGACUGGCAGCGAUCAAAUCAAUAUAAUCAUCUUGUAAAUAGAAUCGUUGUCUAUUCUUACCUUACGUUAAGGAUAUCUUGUCUUAUUUACAGACUUUUACUAGUAUCGAAAAAAAGGAGGUACGUACUUCGAGUAAAAUGGUUGGAAUAACGCAAAGACCCUGGACACCUACAAAAAGACGAGGCCCGAUUGCCGCUGAAUACAGCAGCCCAGGACCGGCCUGUGUAACUUUACCUUCGUUAAUAGGAAGAACAGUUACAGAUUCUAAACAAGGAAGAGCACCAGCAUUCUCCUUCGGCAAUAGGCAUGCAGCGAAAAAUAAUAGCUCUGGACCUGGGCCUGGACAAUAUAAUGUCACUGGACUUAGCGCAAAAGGAAAGGAUGCCGCACCUGCCGUGUCGUUAUACAGUCGAACGAAAUCAACGAAACUCGAAAUUACACCAGCACCGGGCGAUUACAAUCCGCUAAAAGCUGAGAAGAUCAUUUUGGAUAGUUCACCGAAAUAUUCUUUUGGUGUUAAAACGCAAAUCGAGAAAGUCAGUUGUACACCCGGAAAAUCGAUGCCACUGCAACUAAUUGGCGAUUAGUUAUGGGACU